AUGGUUCUCUUCAAACGAAAACCGGUCCAAUACCUUCCACGACCCGUCAUUGAAGAUGACAACUCCGAGGUCUGGGUCAUCCCAGAGACCAGCGAGCUCUUCAUGAGCUACGAGCCGUAUCUCCAGCGUAUGGACUUCUAUAAACAACGUCGGUUUAUUUGUGAAAUCACCGGUCAUUCGGGGUUGAACUUUUUUGAGGCGUUCCGGAGUGAGAUGGAAGAGUCGCGUGAGGUGAACAACAGUUUUCCAGAGGCUUUGAAGGAGCCGAUUUUGCGCCGAAUCCAAUUCGCGACGACCUCACGGGUUGACAAUUUGGUGGACGAGAUUUAUGAAGAAUUCAAACAGGAUUUCUACCCCGGAGAGCCUGUCGUCAUUCUGCUCCAGGAUACUACCAGACUCCAUGGCACCAUCAGGGACAAGGCCAACUUUGCUGAACAGCUUUUUGCCGAUGGGACCAUCAAGACCCCUGCGUACGCUCGGUAUUUGGUAAAGAUUUCAGACCGUCCCAACGAGGAAGCGCUGCUGGACCAAGAUCACAUCACGCGUGAUCGCAAGUCGUUCACAAAAUUGAUGCUGCGUGGCUUUAUCAAGAACAAUGUUACUCGGGAGUCUUGGACCGGUGCGCCCUGGUUGGUGAAGCCGUCGAUCGCAGAAGAAUACAAAAUCUCCACAGAGGUUCCCAAGCAUCUUCAGUACGGCGCAAAAGUCGCAGAGAAGAAGGCGAUGAAGAAGGCGGACCAGGAUGGUUUUUUCGGAUUCUUCUCCUCCCAACAACUACCUGAACUAAAACCGGCUGUCAAGGGUCAGAAAUCGAAGUUGUCAGCAAAUGACAUGGCCAAGUCACGAGAAGCCCAAUACCAAGAAUACCAGCGAUCGCUGAAUGGGAAUCCCUCAUUCUUAUCGCCUAACAAUCCACUCCGCCCAACCAAACCGCCGCUGGUCGGUGACAAGAAAAUGCCCCCUCCUUCGGUUGUUAUCAAAAAUGAAUCGAGACCUCCAUCACCACCACCGAUUAAAUACCCAAUUGAUGAUCUUGAACUUGCCCCACGCCACGACAAGAGUCCUCGUCCUACAUUAAAGCUUUUGAAGUUAGGCGAGUCGGAGGAGGAUGGAGCAGAGGACCUCCUUUCCGAUGAUCUGGAACCUGAAUCCGUUGGAUUGCUUCUUGAAACAUGGGACACCCUCAAUGUCUACUGUGAGGUGUUCCAGCUAGACUCAUUCACGUUCGAUGAUUUUAUCCAGGCUAUGCGUUUUUCAUCAGAGGAGCUUGACUGUGAGCUGUUGGUCGAGUUGCACUGUGCCAUCCUGAAGAAGCUUGUCAACGCAGGAGACCAAGGCGGCGCAAUCCAGAUCUCACUUCCAGAUUUCCCCACUGACGAUUCGGAUGACUCCGAAGAGGACGAUGAUGAAGAGGAGAAAGAGGAAGACGAGGAGCGACCGGAGAAGGCACCUCGUAUGACUACCCGGGGCAGCCUCGCUAAGGAAGAAGCACAGAGCCUGAAGGCGCAAAUUGUCGAAGAGGAACCCGAAGAGGAGCGCAUUCAUCGUGCCGCUGAAAUGUUCGAGAAAUAUGGAUGGAUCGAUCGCCUGCGGAAACGCGACUUCCGCAAUGGUGGAUGGGAGGUUGUCAUGAUCGGCCUGCUGCAUCAAUUGUCUCUUCGCCCUCGUUCUGAAAAGACCUGCAAUGACAUCCUCCAACACCUCGCUCCUCUUGAUGAAGAACCGACCCAGCGAACUGCCCAGGCACAGUAUCGGACUCUCAACAUCAAUUUGCGUGUCAAGGCUCUUCAAAUGAUCACCAUGCUCUGUCUCGAGACUAAAGCGAUUCGGAAUUACCUCGAGGAAUGUAGCAACCAGAUGACGGAAUUCCGCAAAGAGAAGAUCGAACACCAGAAAGCCCGCAAAUUAUUGCUGAGUGAAUUACGUCUAUUACAUCAGGAGCGCAAGGCACUUCAACCAGAACCCGAGAAGUCGCCAUCCCCCAUCCCGGAACUGGAAGGGGAGAACAUGGAUGAUUCGAAGAUGACAGGGAUCGAGGGUGAUUCUGAGAUUCCCAUGGACUCAGAGGACGAGGAUACUCCCAGACCACGCGCUCUGCGUGGUGGAGUUGACCGCGCCCUUGAACGCAAGCGGAGGCAGGAGAUAGAGCGGGAACGCAAGGAGCAGCUGGCUAAACAGCCCAAGGGCACUAAGCAGUACCAGCGAGUCCUGAAGAAGAUCGACGAGCUGAAAGCCAAGGUCGCCAAGGAGGAGGAGGAGAUCGAAACCAUGGACAAUGAUUUGCGUGAGGCCGACUGCCCCCGGACCCGAUGCCUCGGAUUGGAUCGAUUCUGCAAUCGGUACUGGUGGUUUGAGCGCAAUGCCAUGCCAUUUGAAGGAAUGCCAAAUAGCUCGACUGCUGACGCUCGAUACGCCAAUGGCCGUCUUUGGGUGCAAGGUCCUGACGAAUUGGAGAGUGACGGGUUCAUUAACCUGACGGAUGAACAACGGAAACAAUACCACAAGCAUUUCCAAACCACCCCUGCCGAGCGCAAGAAGCUCGAGGAAGGGUCUACUCAUUUGUCGAGUGCCCGCGAAUGGGCUUACUACGAUGAUCCGGACUCGAUCGAGCUACUGAUUGAGUGGUUAGAUCCACGAGGCAAUCGUGAAUUUAAGCUGCUCAAGGAGCUUCAGUUGCAGAAGGGGUACAUCAUGAAAUACAUGAAGAAUCGCCAGGAAUACUUGUCCGACAAGCCUGAGCGGGCCGAGUCUGAGGAGAUGCCCACGAAGCGAGUCACUACGCGUACUAAGACCUACGUGGACGUGAAUGAACACCGCCUUCGUUGUCUCCGUUGGAGAAACACAACCGCCCUGACUGAAAUUGGACAUCUGCACGUGGACCCUGACCGACCAGCCAAGCGCAAACGGAACACCGAUGAUAUGCGCGAGAUCAAGGCUACUCGCGGCAAACCUCUGACCCGACGAGGAUCACGUCGAGGAUAA